AUGACCAUGACCUUGGAUAAGCUCAACCAAGCGUUAACUUCCAUGUAUGGAAGCACCGAUGAGUCGACCCAACACGCUGCAGAUAAGUUUCUGCUGGAGUUCCAAAAAUCUCCUGAGGCAUGGACCAUCGUCUUCCAAGUCCUCAAUAAUGAUAAUGAUCCGCCGAUGACUACAAUUAAAAUGUUUUGUGCCCAAACUCUGAGAUCCAAGAUCAACUAUGAUUUGUUCCAACUACCAAAGGAAAACUGGCAAGGCUUGAAGGACUCUCUUUUACAACUAAUCGUUAAGUACGACUCCAAAGCCAAGGCAAUAGAAACACAGCUGUGCGUCUCAUUAGCCAACUUGGCUCUUCAGUACGUCGAAUGGUCUAAUGCCAUGGAUGAAAUCAUAUCCGUUCUUUCCAGUGGAUCCAUGGCCUCGUUGUUGGAGUUCUUAAAAGUGUUACCGGAGGAGUUGUCUGAUGUAAAUAAAACUCCCCUCACAGAUGAAGAAUUCAGUCUGAGGACUACCCAGUUGAUAACUGACAAUGUUGAGCGUGUCUUGUUAAUUCUAAAGAAAUUUUCAGAUGUAAAGGAUUCUAAUGGCGGCAGGGAAAACUCUAUGGUACUAGACUGUUUAAAUUCUUGGAUCAAAGAAGUCUCUGUAGACCAGCUGUUAAAGGUGAGGUCCUUGAGCGAUAUGAUCUACCAAUCCAUACAUAAUGAUGAAACUUUUGAUACAGCGGUGGAAUGCUUAUGCACCAUAUUGAGAGAAACAACUGACGUCGAAGAUCUAACCAUUGUACAAACAUUGUAUCAGCAAUUGUUGAGUUUGAAAGAUGUGAUUCAAGAAUCAUGGGACGAUCCUGAAAAGAUGGAAGGGUUAACAAGAAUAUUUGUCGAAGCUGGAGAAGCAUGGCACGUUUUGAUUCCAAAACUUUGUGAAGAUUUCAAACCUCUAGUUGAGAUCCUCCUACAAUUGACCUCAUAUGAAGAUGACCUCGAUACUGUGAAAUACACAUUCUUCUUUUGGCACCAGCUGCGUCAAAUAAUAAUAAUCGACAAAUAUGCUGAGGCAAGAAUUCUCUUUACCCCAAUCUAUACGCAACUCAUCCACGUUAUGAUCAAACAUCUGAGUUAUCCUAUCGUGGAACCUAAUACCACUGACUCUUCCCUUCUGUUUAGUACUAAACAACAGGAGGAUAAAUUCAAAGACUUCAGAUAUGAGAUGGGUGAUGUUUUGAAGGAUUGCUGUGCAGUUAUUGGCGCUUCAAAUGCGCUAAGUAUUCCCUUGAACCAGAUUCAAAGUAAUGUUAACUCCAAUCAACCUUGGCAAUCUAUCGAGGCCCCCAUAUUCUCGUUAAGAGCUAUGGCUGAACAGGUAAGAUCCACUGAAAAUAAGCUUAUGCCUCAAGUUAUGCAACUAUUAAUCAAACUUCCAGAGAAUCCCAAAAUAAGAUACGCUGUAACUCUGGUUUUGGGUAGAUACACGGAAUGGACCAGCAAACACCCUGAAUAUCUUGAAGGCCAGUUGAGCUACAUUACCGAUGGCUUCCAAUCAAAUAACAACCAAAUCACCAUCGCAGCUUCCCAUGCCUUGAUGUUUUUUUGUCAGGACUGCUCUUCUCUAUUGAUUGGCUAUUUGGAGCAGUUGUUUAAUUUCUACAACAAUGUUUACAGCGCUGGUACGUUGGAUAUCAAAUCUUUGUACGAGGUGGCUGAUGGCAUUGCCCACAUACUUCAAGAAGAAGGCGAUCCUGAAAAGUUGAUGCAACUUACGGCAAUGUUCUGGAAACCAACGAUUGAGAAAUUGUCAAGCCUUCCAUCAAAUCCAAUUGCCAAACUUGUUAUCGAACAGGGCUGGCCAAUCGUUACAAAGCUACUAAAUAAGUUUGGAAAGUCUACUCCAAUCACCGAAAGGGCGUUGAAGUUUUUGAACAAAUCAAUGUCUUCGUUAAGCACAUACCUUGAGCCCAUUAUCCCCCAGAUGGCUGAGCUUUUAGUUUCAGGAUUCCAGACUUACCGUGAGGGAGCCUAUCUUUGGGUUUCAGGAAUCUUCAUCAGAGAGUACGGAGAUGAGCAUGUCUCUGCACAAAUCAAGGAGAAUGUUUGGAAAUUCUCUCUUCAGCAAGCUGCCUCAUUCAUCCAGUUUCUUGAACAGAAUCAAUCUGAGAUCACCAAUUAUCCUGACUUAGUGGAGGACUAUUUCAGGAUGAUGGCUGACAUCCUGAUGUUUUUCCCAAUUCAUUUAAUUCAAAGUGAGCUAUUACAACCUGUUUAUAAUUCAGCUAUUAUGGCCUUGUCUACCUUUUCUCAAUUUGAGCCAUUGAUUGCCACAUUACAUUUCCUCAUAGACCUGUACUCUUGGGGUUUUGAAACUCCUCCCGUUUCUUUGCUGGAAACCGAUGUUCCACCAGAAAUUAGAAGGAUAAUUUUGUCUUUCAUCGAAUCAACUGGUGGGCCUUUGACUAAGGUGCUCCUGAACGGACUAGUAUAUAGAUUUCCAGUUGACUGCAACCAUGAUGCAUCUGAUUUGUGGACCAAGAUCAUAAGGCUGGUAACAAUCAACGGACAGAACGGCGACCUUGUACUGCAGUGGCUGAAUGAAGCGUUAUCAAGUUUACCCGAAGGAACUGUCAACGAGAAAGAGAGAAGCAAGUUGUUGACAACAGUACAGGCUGCCAUAAAUUCUAAGGAUUUCAGAAGGGUCAGAGCUAGCAUUCGGGACUUUAUCAACUGGUAUUCUAGGAAGAACUUUGAAAGGUCCUAA